UUCUACCCACCCUAGUCUUCCAUUUUCUUUCUGCAACCAAACCCAAAAUCUUGUUUCAUCCAUCUUCCAGAUCAAAUGACCAACAUCACCACCCCACACUUGCUCUCCUUCUUCUAACUUCACCCACACCACAACCAACAAUGGCGACUUCUUUCGCUCUCAUCCCCUCUUCCACCUUCAUUCGAGACCCCUCACCAUCAUCCUCAUCCUCCUCCUCGUCAUCCUUCUUCGGCGCCGGUACACUCUCCUUCACCCGCAACAAUAAGAGUUGUAUCUCCUUUUCAUCGCAAUUUAAAAAGAAGUUGUUGUACGGCAAACGCUGUAAUGUGUUUGCGGCUGCUGAUUAUUAUUCUACUCUUGGUGUUCCUAAAUCUGCCACCAUUAAAGAUAUUAAAGCCGCUUAUCGCAAAUUGGCUCGUCAGUAUCAUCCAGAUGUCAAUAAACAACCAGGAGCUACCGAAAAGUUUAAGGAGAUCAGUGCUGCCUAUGAGGUUCUGUCAGAUGACAAAAAAAGAGCGAUGUAUGAUCGGUACGGUGAAGAUGGAGUUAAAAGCACAGUAGGUGGACAAGCCGGUGCUUAUGCGACGAAUCCAUUUGAUCUCUUUGAGACAUUCUUUGGAACAAGUAUGGGUGGAUUUGCUGGCGGUGAUGCAACUGGAUUUGGAGGACGUCGUGCCGCUACUGUUAUUAAAGGCGAAGAUAUACGAUACGACGUAAGAUUGGAAUUUUCAGCUGCAAUAUUUGGUACCGAAAAGGAAUUUGAAUUAUCUCAUCUCGAAACAUGUGACGCAUGCUCCGGAACGGGAGCAAAAGUGGGGUCCAAAAUGCGAAUAUGUUCAACGUGCGGUGGCAGAGGUCAAGUUAUGAGAACAGAGCAAACACCUUUCGGUAUGUUCUCACAGGUUUCCGUAUGUCCAAACUGUAACGGGAACGGUGAGAUGGUAUCGGAAUACUGCCGAAAGUGCUCCGGUGAAGGGCGUGUUCGUGUGAAGAAAGAUAUUAAAGUCAAAAUUCCUCCAGGGGUCAGCAAAGGAAGCAUCCUCAGAGUUACCGGUGAAGGUGAUGCUGGUCCAAAAGGAGGUCCUCCCGGAGAUCUUUACGUCUACCUCGACGUUGAAGAAAUUCCCGAGAUCCAAAGAGAUGGAAUUAAUCUACUCUCGUCCAUAUCGGUUUCGUAUCUCGAUGCUAUAUUGGGGACUGUUGCCAAGGUGAAGACAGUUGAGGGGAUGUCUGAACUUCAAAUCCCUGCAGGUACUCAACCGGGUGAUAUUCUUGUUUUGGCAAGAAAAGGUGCCCCGAAAUUGAACAGACCGUCUAUCCGAGGGGAUCAUUUAUUCACCGUUAAAGUUACUAUACCGAAACGAGUCAGUGGACAAGAACGUGAACUUCUGGAAGAACUUGCCUCUCUCAAUAACCCUGCAUCCACCCGUCAACGCUCUCGCCCUAAUCCUCAGCAAACCACUAAAGUUGCAGAAACUAAAGUCGAACCAGUUGCGCAGGAAAGUAACAGUUCAGAAGAUCAAGAUGACCCUUUGAAGAAGCUAACAGACUUCGCCGGGUCGGUUGUAAAAGGAGCUGCAAAUUGGUUCAAGGAGAACUUCUAGACAGCGAUGAGCGUAUCUUAAUGCUCUCAUGUCUUAAUACAGCAGCCGGAGAUUUUGAAAUGGAUGAUGCUAAAAAGAUAUCCUCCUCGGAGUCUCUCAAAGAAAGUGAAAAAUCUCGUCAAAUAAUUCUUCAGUUAUUUAGAAAUCAUAUCUUCAAGUUUUGGUUGGAGCUUAGAUUACAGUCGUCGAUUCAUGUAUGUAUAACACUUGUAUUCCAUGUUAGAAUUUGAAGUUUUGCGCCUACGAUUGAUAGUUCAUUGGUCGAAACAAAUCUGGUGAAUGGCCAUUUGAUAUUGUUUGAGUUUGAAAUGAUGUUUAGGAACAAUAAUGAAUUUCAAAAAUCAAAGUAUUUACACAUUUCAUGAACACAA